CAGACACCGUCGCUGCAACCUCCUCGUCCCUACCAGACGCCAUCCAUGUAUGCACAAGCCGCUAUUUUUGUCAUCGACCACCACGACGAGCAGGUCCCCAGUCGCGUCUGCAACUCUCGGAGAAGGCGCCGACGACGCGUCUCAUGCUAUCUCUGGGUGCACAGGCCGUUCGAUGUAUCAAAAAGCAUCGUACCCCAUGGCUUUCCCUGUACUACUCGACAUCCCGCAAGCCACCGCCUACAGAUUUGCCCAAGGAUAAAUGGAACUACAAUACGAGUCCGCUCUUCAGCCCUAUCGUCAAGGACACCAGCCAGUACCCCAUCGUCACUGCCAAUAGCCUCGAGUCGAAUACGUUGGCACCACGCAGUGUGAAAAUGCUCGCUCGGGAUUUCAUUGAGGAUUCUCUGUACAAUCCGAACUAUGGCUAUUUCUCAAAACAGGCUACUAUUUUUGAUUCCAAGCAAACACUUUUUAUCUUCUCAAAGCUCCGAGAUUCGACGGAAUUUGAAGCGGAGGUUGCCAAGAAGUAUGCCGCAUAUGAGGCGGACCAGCAGUUGUGGCACACGCCAACUGAGUUGUUCAAGCCUUGGUAUGGCCAGGCUAUUGCCCAGUGCCUCGUCUCGGAGUACUUACUAAAGUACUUUCCUUACGAAGACUUCAUCAUAUACGAGAUUGGCGCUGGGAAUGGAACCCUAGCCCUCAACAUUCUGGACUAUCUCCGUGAUGAAUAUCCAGACGUAUACGAGCGUACCCGCUAUACCAUUGUUGAAAUCAGUGCAAACCUGGUUGAGCUUCAAAAAGCCAAAUUGCACGAUGUACAUCCCUGCGUGAAUGUGGUGCAUAAGAGUGUGUUUCAUUGGGACAAACGCGAGCCUGCUCCGUGCUUCUUCAUGGCCAUGGAAGUCAUUGAUAACUUUGCACAUGAUGUUAUUCGAUACGAUAUGGAGACUCUAGAACCAUACCAGGGAAUUGUUGUCGUCGACGAUGACGGUGACUUUGAAAUGGUCUACACACGCACUCUCGCACAUCCUCCACCUAUCUCCAAGGUGUUCCGGUCCUCACAACUGUUGCGAAAGAUAUACCGCACGCUCCCUUUUGCAGCAAACAUGUCUGUAGAGGAAUACAUCCCAACGCGCCUUUUGAGUCUCAUACGAACCCUGCGAAACCAUUUUCCCCCGCCACCGACUCCUUUUGACAUGUAUGAGUACACUCUAUCCCAGCCACCUACACUAUCGCGGCCAUCUUCCGACAAUUUCCUACCCUCACGUUCAACACCGUUGACAGCGCAUUCCUUGUCCUUGUCAUUGGGGGCUGACUAUUUUUCAUCCAGUCGUCGGACGGAUCGCCGAACGCCUCUCGACUGGAACCUUUCACAGACUCGACUGCGCAAUGGGGAGAAUCCCUAUGCUUGAUUUCUACAAGAAUGUCAAGUUUUUGUUUUGAAUAAUGGGAUUUGCAAUAAAUUAUCUUGUACAUUUCUCAAUGAGUCUCAAAG